AUGUCAGGUCUAGACAUUGUUGCUGUUGUGCAUAAGCUUCCGCUUCAGCCAGACUUCCCGCCAGUGAAGCAAAAACUCCAAAGAACAAGACCCGACAUGGCUCUGAAGAUUUGUGAAGAGGUCAAACGUAAAUUCGAUGUUGGUUUCCUAGAAGUUGCGAAGUACCCUCAAUGGGUAGCUAACAUCGUGCCUGUGCCCAAAAAGGAUAACAAGGUCAGGAUGUGUGUCGUUUAUAAGGAUUUAAACAAAGCUAGUCUGAAGGACGGCUUCCCUCUGCCACACAUUGACACCCUAUUAGACAACACUGUUAUGUUCGUUAUCUUCUCCUUCAUAGAUGGAUUCUCAACUUAUAAUCAAAUCAAGAUGGCCACAGAAGAUAUGGAAAAGACCAUGUUCAUUACCCCUUGGGGAACACUUUGCUAUAAGGUUAUACCUUUCAGACUCAAGAACGCAGGAGCAACUUACCAAAGAGAAAUGGUCACCCUCUUCCAUGAUAUUAUGCAUAAGGAAAUUGAGGUUUAUGUCAAUGAUGUGAUCACUAAAUCUCAAAGUGAAGACGAUCAUAUGGACCACUUGCAUAAGCUAUUUGAGCGCCUCCAAAAAUUCCAACUACGAUUGACCCUUGCUAAAUGCACUUUUGGUGUUCGAUCACGAACGUUGCUUGGUUUCAUCGCUAGUCAACGAGGAAUUGAGGUAGAUCCCGACAAGGGGAAGCCAUUAUUUAUUUAUCUGACUGUGAUUGAAGAGUCAAUGGGAUGUGUGUUGGGACAACAUGAUGAAACCGAACGGGAAGAACAUAUGGAUCUAAUAAAGUACAUCUUUGAGAAUCUUGUCUUAAUUGGAAGACUUGCUCGUUGGCAGAUGUUGUUGUCCGAGUACAACAUCCAAUACGUAUCCAAGAAAGCUAUCAAAGGAACUGUGUUGUCUGACUACCUUGUACACCAACCAUUCGAAGAUUACCAACCACUGAAAUUUGACUUCCCCGAUGAAGAUAUUAUGGAAGUAAAGGAUUAUGAAAUCCCAGUACCUGAGGAAGGACCCGAGCCAGGAUCUCGAUGGAAGCUCAUGUUUGAUGGUUCCUCCAAUUACAUGGGGUAUGGAGUGGGAGAUGUUAUGAUGAACCCAAAUGGUGGUUAUACUCCUUUCACAACAAGGUUGUGCUUUGAUUUCACGAAAAAUAUAGCAGAAUAUGAGGCGUGCAUCCUGGGUAUUAAAGGAGCAAUUGACCUCCGAAUCAAAAUCCUUGAGGUCAGGUUUUGUAAUGAAGCACCACUCAUUCAAAUUGAGAGAAACGAUGAACCAUCUUACUGUCAAUUGGUUGAAGAAGAGGCUGAUGGUAAACCUUGGUUUCACAACAUCAAAUGCUAUAUGCAAAAUCAGGAGUAUCCAGCAAAUGCUACCAUCCUAGACAAGAAAACUUUGAGGAAGAUGGCAUCCAAAUUCUUCCUGAUCAAUGGUGUACUUUACAAGAGAAACCAUGACAUGGUUCUGCCUAGAUACGUGGUUAGACACGAAGUAGACAUGUUGAUUAAAGAGAUUCAUGACGGAUCCUUUGGAAUCCAUGAUAAUGGGCAUGAUAUGGCGAAGAAAAUCUUAAGGGUUGGUUAUUACUGGUUGACCAUAGAGUCUGACUGCUUCAACUAUGCCAGAAAGUGUCAUAAAUGUCAAACUUAUGCUGACAAAAUGCAUGUACCACCAACACUUCUAAAUGUUUUGACAUUGCCUUAG